AUGAAGCCUACGCGUUCUAAGAGCAGGAAGGCUCUCACCAUUGGUGCUGAGCAAAGCAAUGCAGCUCAACCGGAAGAUAUUUCAGAAGGGCAGGAGCCCCCAAGAACUCACCCCGCAAACGAAGAGGCCAUAACACGUAUGGCCGAGUUUGUAACAGAGAACCCCAACAUCUUUGAGGAGUUGGGGAGAUAUUUAAAGAGGCAAGGCAAGCAGAAGGCUGAGUCCUCUAAAAGAAAAUCAGAUUGGUCUCCCGAAGGUUCAUCUGACGAAGAAUCUGAUGGAAGGCGCCUAAGCCGAAGUGUCUCAAAGCGGGCAUUUUCUAAGGCCACUUCUAAGGUAGCUUCCAUGACCAAGGCAUUUUCCCGAGGACUCCUAGGGCGACGACCUGAGGAGGAACCUCGGCCCCUGGGAAUACCCGGGGUAAAUUACAUGAGGGCCCCGCCCUUCACUGAUGACAUUAACGAGGAAAGGCUUCCUCCAAACUUCAAGCUUCCCUCUAUACCAUCUUAUGACGGCCGAGGUGAUCCUGAGAAUCACAUCCACGCCUUCAUCUCGGCUUUCCGUUUAUACUGCAUCCCUGACCCAGUCAUAUGCCGAGCUUUUCCAGUGUUCCUCCAGGGCACUGCUCGAAAAUGGUUCUGGGGAUUAGAACCUAGGAGCAUCUCCACCCUGGGGGAACUGGUGGAAAGAUUCCUCCAUCGAUUCAUCUCCUCCCGACCUACGACCAGGACCUCGGCUUAUCUGCUGAAUUUGCAGCAGAACCCGGGGGAGUCACUUCGGUCGUACGUCCAGAGGUUCCAUGAGGAGUGCGUACAAAUACCUAACCCCAAUGAGCAAGUCACUAUUGCUGCAUUCACUCAUGGGCUUGUAUCUGGAGUGUUCAACACGGGGAUCCACAAGAAGUAUCCCCGUAGACUCCACGAACUGUGGUUGAAGGUCGAGAAGGGCAUACAGGCCGAGGACCUCAAUCGCAUGAAGAAAGAAGUCCAAGCUGCUCGCCCAAGGGCCGACCCCCGAAAAGCAAAGGAGCUUGGCCGAGGUGAAUCUGGGACUGGAAACGGCUUCCAGAGUCCCGGCCGAGAUCGCCGUAGUGUGUUCGACAGGAUUUCUAAGGGGAAGUCGCCCAUCCCAGAGUCUGAACUGACUCCCCUGAACACCUCCCGAUCCCGCGUGCUGUCUGUAAUGGAACAAAACAACCUCGGAAAGGCCCCUCCCAAGAUGUGGGGCAGCAAAGACAAGAGGAACUCGAACCUCUACUGUCUGUAUCACCGGGACAUCGGACAUGAAACAGAGCACUGCAACGAUCUCAAAAAGGAAAUUGAGAACCUCAUCCGACAAGGCCACCUCAAGCAGUUCAUCCGCCGAAGUGGAGGACAGUCGUGUGAUGAGAAUCGACGCGAUAAGCGGGGUGACCAACGCCGUGAUGAGAGGCGGACGUCAAGAAGCAGUUGCCGACCUCCCGAGGAUCCUAGGGAGCCGAAAAGGCCACCCGGAGACGGAUCCUCAGGUCAAAGACUGGGAUAUGGGCCAAAUAUUGCCGGAGUCAUUAACACCAUUGCCGGCGGUCCGACGGGAGGAGAUAGCCAGAACUCCCGGAAGAGGACCUACAGACAAGCCAACCCGGAUCAGGAAGAGCUAAAUUCUCGCCUGUCCGAGGUGAUCGCUUACGGGCCCAGUGAUCCCGUCCCAGCUGCCUCCAGCAGUCAUGAGGCCUUGGUGAUCGAGAUCCUCACCAAUAACUACCUCGUGAAAAAGGUCUACAUUGACCCGGCAAGCUCAGUUGACGUCAUGUACCUCCGCACCUUUGAGAGCCUUAAACUGGCCAGGGAGUGCAUGACCCCGGUGAGAACCCCUCUUGUCGGGUUCGGGGGACACAUUGUGCACCCCGAAGGGAUGGUGGCUCUGACGGUAACUGUGGGACAUCACCCCCGCUGCAGAACCAUCCCCGUCAACUUCGUAGUGGUUAAGACUGAUUCGCCAUACAACCUACUCCUAGGUCGACCUACACUUAAUGCCCUACGGGCCGUAUACUCUACUUACCAUUUAAGCUUCAAAUUUCCCACUCCUGCUGGGGUGGCCGAGGUCAGCAGCAACGUCUGCGCUGCCCGAGAGUGCUACCUCGCCACCUUACAAGCAGCCUCUCCAUCAACCUCCGGAGCGAGGCCUGAGAAAAGGUCGAAUAUCCUCUCUAUAGAUAGCAUUGAUCCCCAGCGAGUUGAGAAGAUUCCGAGGUUGGAGACUGGGGAUGAGGUGGAAGAACUCCCUCUGGACCCCACGAAGCCUAAUCAGACAGUUCGCGUUGGUACCCGACUGCCCGAUCCUGUUAAAAGAGACAUGGUAGACCUCCUCAGAAAGUACUGGGACGUCUUCGCGUGGGCCGCGGAGGAGGUUCAAGGAGUUCCGCAUCACCUCAUGAUACAUGAGCUGAAUGUCGAUCCCCAAAUCCGCCCGGUCAAACAAAAACAAAGGCACCUCGGCCCUGAGCGUAGCCGAGCUGUGGGCGAAGAGAUAGAUAAGCUCCUCCCUGCAAAGAUCAUCCGAGAGGUCCAAUAUCCGACCUGGUUGUCCAACCCGGUCAUGGUAAAGAAGGACACCGGGGCCUGGAGAAUGUGCGUCGACUUCACCGACCUCAACAAGGCUUACCCCAAAGAUUGUUACCCAUUGCCUAAGGUCGACACCUUGGUGGACUCGGCAAUGGGAUAUGAAGUCCUCUGCUUUUUUGACGCCUUCAAAGGGUACCACCAGAUCGGAAUGAGUCCGGAGGAUCAGGAAAAGACCGCCUUCUAUACUGACAAAGGCACAUAUUAUUACACCACCAUGCCUUUCGGACUAAAGAAUGCCGGGGCCACGUAUCAACGCUUGGUUAACCAAGCUUUUAAAUCUCAAAUCGGCCGGACUGUCGAGGCUUACGUAGACGAUGUCCUCUUGAAGAGUCAGACAACCUCCACAUUCCUGGCCGACCUGAAAGAAGUACUGGAAGUCCUUCGGGAGACACGAAUGAUGCUGAACCCCAAGAAAUGUGUUCUCGGGGUCACUUCGGGAAAGUUCCUGGGCUACCUCGUCUCUAGGCGGGGUAUUGAAGCAAAUCCGGACAAGGUGAGGGCCAUCCAAGAAAUGUCCUCACCACGGUGUAUCCGUGACGUCCAGAGACUGACAGGGCGGUUGGCCGCCCUGAACCGGUUUUUAUCGCAGUCAGCCUCCAAGGCACUACCAUUCUUCAAAGUCCUCAAGAAAACUGACAAAUUUUCCUGGACGGAAGAGUGCCAACAGGCGUUUGAGCAGUUAAAGGAUUACCUCAACCACCUCCCAACACUCACCUCACCUCGCCCAGGGGACAAGUUAUUCUUGUACUUGUCCGCUGCAGCUGAAGUUGUGAGUGCCGUACUGAUUAGGGAAGAAGGUGUCCAAACAUCUGUUUAUUAUGUCAGUCGAGUCCUCCGAGGUCCGGAGACCAGGUACACUCAGGCGGAGAAACUUGUGCUGGCCUUAAUUCAUGCAGCUCGUAGGCUUAAGCCCUACUUCUUAGCCCAUCACGUCUGUCUGCGGACAGAUCAACCACUUCGGCAGAUCCUGUCGCGACCGGAAGCCUCUGGACGCCUCACCAAGUGGGUCAUCGAGCUGGGAGAGUACGACUUAUCUUAUGAGCCCCGCACGGCAAUUAAAGCCCAGGCUCUCGCAGAUUUCCUGGCCGAGCUCACUUAUCUUGAGGAAGUGAAUGAGACCAUCCCGGCUACCACCCAAGCUGUCACCUCGUCCACCGCCGAGCCUCAGCACUGGACUUUGCAUGUAGAUGGCUCAUCCAAUAGCGAGGGUAGUGGAGCCGGCUUGCUCCUCGAAGAUCCUCAAGGAGAAGUUUGUUCGUAUGCCCUGAGGUUUGACUUCGCAGCCUCAAAUAAUGAAGCCGAAUACGAAGCUGUUAUCGCCGGCCUGCAACUAGCUCGAAGGAUGGGGGCCGCGCACAUCCUGAUCUAUAGUGACUCCCAACUCGUUGUGUGCCAGAUACUAGGUGAAUACGAGGCCAGGGAUGAGGUGAUGCAUCGCUACCUCUCCAAGGUUCUCCAAUUGGCGGCACACUUCGAGUCUUUUGCAAUCCAAAGAAUACCGCGGUCACAAAAUAGGAGGGCUGACGCUCUCUCCCGGCUUGCUUCUACCUCCUUCUCCGAUCUGAACAAGACAGUCCUCGUAGAAGUUUUAGCUGAGCCGGGGUAUUUAGCCGAGGUCGUGUACCCCGUCUACUCAGGGGACACCUGGAUGGGGCCCUUGACUCGAUAUCUCAGCCAGGGUGAGCUCCCAGAAGACCAAGCUGAAUCACGGAAGAUCCAACGAAAAGCAGCUCGGUACACCCUCUGGCAGGGCCUCUUGUACAAGAAGUCCUACUUCGACCCAUGGCUACGGUGUAUCACCCCGGAAGAGGCCGAGAGAAUCCUCGAGGACAUUCAUGAGGGACUCUGUGGUGCCCACGUCGGCUUCAGGAUGCUCGUAAAGAAAGCUUUGCUUCUCGGGUACUUUUGGCCCACCAUGAGGGUGGAUGCCCAGGUCAAGGUUCUUUGUUGUCCUUCUUGUCAACACCAUGCCCCUGAGCACCACCAACCAACUAAUCUUAUGAUUCCCAUCACCUCACCAUGGCCGUUCGAGCAGUGGGGGACGGACAUAAUCGGUCCAUUCCCCAGAGCCCCAGGCAACUAUGCCUACGUGGUGGUGGCAGUAGACUAUUUCACUAAGUGGGUCGAGCAGAACCCCUGA